UUGUGCGCUAUAGGUGAAAUCCGGUCUUCUGGAUUAAUGGUUCCAAUUAGAGGGCUUAAACUUAAAAUUCAAGCCGCAAAAAGUAUAGGAAUGAAGACUAUUCUCUUGCCAAUGCAGAUGAAAACCCAGUUUGAACAAUUGUCUGAUGCAGAAAAAAUGGGAAUUGAUGGAAUAUUUGGCGAAUAUUUUCAUGAUAUAUUCGAUAAAGUCUUUCCGCCUGCUUCAACUGUUCUUACUAAUCAGACCAUUUUGCCCAUUUUGGCUGAUCAGCUUAUUUUGCCUACUCAGCCUGCUUUGCCUCCUCAGCCUAUUUUGGCUGAGCAGGCUUUUUGUUUCAGCCCUCUAACAUCAACCAACCAACAGUGUUGGUAUGACCAAAAUCCUCUUGCCUGCUCAUGA